AUGGUCAAGGUUCAAGAAGCUAUUCACCAUGGCAUGAUUGCCGCAGAUUUUCUUUCAAACACUAAACGAGUUGUCCAGGCUAUCGAGCUGUGGAACGAGUGCUUAAUACUACUAAACAACAAAACCUUAAAAAACGAACAUGAACUUGCCACAAUAGUGACUAUAGCGCUGUAUAAGAAGCUCUUUUAUGGAAAUGCUGCUAUUACGAAACUUUCACCAGCUAUAGAAUCUGGCAAAAAGCUUUCAGUCCUACUUCGUAAUCGUAAGAGAAAAAAAGAAGAAGGUAACACAGCCUUGAUGUUAUCAAAACUGUACUUCCAAAAAAGUGAAUACCAGGAAGCACAAGCAUUACUCAAAACUGCACUCUGCGUUUACAAAGACCGAGAAGCGUCAUGCUUUUUAAGCCUGGGAGCUAUGUUUAGCUCUGUCGGUGAAUAUGCCGAGGCUGAAAAAUAUCUUCAUAAAGCACUUAUCAUCAACACAAAAAUUGGCGACAAACACGGACAAGCGUCAUGCUACGGAAACCUAGGAAGUAUGUUUCGAUCUGUCGGAGAGUAUGCCAAGGCUGAAGGAUAUCUUCAUAAAGCACUUAACAUCAACACAGAAAUUGGCGACAGAAGGGGAGAAGCGUCAUGCUACGGAAACCUAGGAGCUGUGUUUCAAUCUGUCGGAGAAUAUGCAAAGGCCGAAGAAUAUCUUUAUAAAGCACUUAUCAUCAGCACAGAAAUUGGCGACAGAAAAGAAGAAGCGACAUGCUUCAGAAACCUAGGGGCUGUGUUUCAAUCUGUCGGAGAAUAUGCAAAGGCUGAAGAAUAUCUUUAUAAAGCACUUACCAUCAGCACAGAAAUUGACGACACAGAGGGAGAAGCGACAUGCUACAGAAACCUAGGGGCUGUGUUUCAAUCUGUCGGAGAAUAUGCAAAGGCUGAAGAAUAUCUUUAUAAAGCACUUACCAUCAGCACAGAAAUUGACGACACAGAGGGAGAAGCGACAUGCUUCAGAAACCUAGGAGCUGUGUUUCAAUCUGUCGGAGAAUAUGCCAAGGCUGAAGAAUAUCUUCAUAAAGCACUUACCAUCAGCACAGAAAUUGGCGACAAACACGGACAAGCGUCAUGCUACAUAAACCUAGGAAAUGUGUUUAAAUCUGUCGGAGAGUAUGCCAAGGCUGAAGAAUAUCUUCAUAAAGCACUUACCAUCAGCACAGAAAUUGGCGACAGACAGGGAGAAGCGUCAUGCUACAGAAACCUAGGAGCUGUGUUUCAAUCUGUCGGAGAAUAUGCCAAGGCUGAAGAAUAUCUUCAUAAAGCACUUAUCAUCAACACAAAAAUUGACGACAAACACGGACAAGCGUCAUGCUACGGAAACCUAGGAAGUAUGUUUCGAUCUGUCAGAGAGUAUGCCAAGGCUGAAGGAUAUCUUCAUAAAGCACUUAACAUCAACACAGAAAUUGGCGACAGAAGGGGAGAAGCGUCAUGCUACGGAAACCUAGGAGCUGUGUUUCAAUCUGUCGGAGAAUAUGCAAAGGCUGAAGAAUAUCUUUAUAAAGCACUUAUCAUCAGCACAAAAAUUGGCGACAGAAAAGAAGAAGCGACAUGCUUCAGAAACCUAGGAGCUGUGUUUCAAUCUGUCGGAGAAUAUGCCGAAGCUAAAGAAUAUCUUCAUAAAGCACUUACCAUGAGCACAGAAAUUGGCGACAGAGAAGAAGAAGCGACAUCCUACAGAAACCUAGGAGCUGUGUUUCAAUCUGUCGGAGAAUAUGCCAAGGCUGAAGAAUAUCUUCAUAAAGCACUUACCAUCAGCACAGAAAUUGGCGACAGAGAGGAAGAAGCGACAUGCUACAGAAACCUAGGAGCUGUGUUUCAAUCUGUCGGAGAAUAUGCAAAGGCUGAAGAAUAUCUUCAUAAAGCACUUACCAUCAGCACAGAAAUUGGCGACAGAGAGGGAGAAGCGACAUGCUUCAGAAAACUAGGAGCUGUGUUUCAAUCUGUCGGAGAAUAUGCCAAGGCUGAAGAAUAUCUUCAUAAAGCACUUACCAUCGGCACAGAAAUUGGCGAAAGAGAAGAAGAAGCGACAUGCUACAGAAACCUAAGAGCUGUGUUUCAAUCUGUCGGAGAAUAUGCCAAGGCUGAAGAAUAUCUUCAUAAAGCACUUAUCAUCAACACAAAAAUUGGCGACAAACACGGACAAGCGUCAUGCUACGGAAACCUAGGAAGUAUGUUUCGAUCUGUGGGAGAGUAUGCCAAGGCUGAAGGAUAUCUUCAUAAAGCACUUAACAUCAACACAGAAAUUGGCGACAGAAGGGGAGAAGCGUCAUGCUAUGGAAACCUGGGAGCUGUGUUUCAAUCUGUCGGAGAAUAUGCAAAGGCUGAAGAAUAUCUUUAUAAAGCACUUAUCAUCAGCACAAAAAUUGGCGACAGAAAAGAAGAAGCGACAUGCUUCAGAAACCUAGGAGCUGUGUUUCAAUCUGUCGGAGAAUAUGCAAAGGCUGAAGAAUAUCUUUAUAAAGCACUUACCAUCAGCACAGAAAUUGGCGACAGAGAGGGAGAAGCGACAUGCUUCAGAAACCUAGGAGCUGUGUUUCAAUCUGUCGGAGAAUAUGCCAAGGCUGAAGAAUAUCUUCAUAAAGCACUUAUCAUCAACACAAAAAUUGGCGACAAACACGGACAAGCGUCAUGCUACGGAAACCUAGGAAGUAUGUUUCGAUCUGUCGGAGAGUAUGCCAAGGCUGAAGGAUAUCUUCAUAAAGCACUUAACAUCAACACAGAAAUUGGCGACAGAAGGGGAGAAGCGUCAUGCUACGGAAACCUGGGAGCUGUGUUUCAAUCUGUCGGAGAAUAUGCAAAGGCUGAAGAAUAUCUUUAUAAAGCACUUAUCAUCAGCACAGAAAUUGGCGACAGAAAAGAAGAAGCGACAUGCUUCAGAAACCUAGGAGCUGUGUUUCAAUCUGUCGGAGAAUAUGCCAAGGCUGAAGAAUAUCUUCAUAAAGCACUUACCAUCAGCACAGAAAUUGGCGACAAACACGGACAAGCGUCAUGCUACAUAAACCUAGGGAAUGUGUUUAAAUCUGUCGGAGAGUAUGCAAAGGCUGAAGAAUAUCUUCAUAAAGCACUUACAAUCAGCACAGAAAUUGGCGACAGAAAGGGAGAAGCGUCAUGCUACGGAAAUCUAGGAAAUGUGUUUAAAUCUGUCGGAGAAUAUGCCAAGGCUGAAGAAUAUCUUCAUAAAGCAUUUAACAUCAGCACAGAAAUUGGCGACAGAGAAGAAGAAGCGACAUGCUACAGAAACCUAGGAGCUGUGUUUCAAUCUGUCGGAGAAUAUGCCGAAGCUGAAGAAUAUCUUCAUAAAGCACUUACCAUCAGCACAGAAAUUGGCGACAGAGAAGAAGAAGCCACAUGCUACAGAAACCUAGGAGCUGAGUUUCAAUCUGUCGGAGAAUAUGCCAAGGCUGAAGAAUAUCUUCAUAAAGCACUUACCAUCAGCACAGAAAUUGGCGACAGAGAAGAAGAAGCGACAUGCUACAGAAACCUAGGAGCUGUGUUUCAAUCUGUCGGAGAAUAUGCCAAGGCUGAAGAAUAUCUUCAUAAAGCACUUAUCAUCAACACAAAAAUUGGCGACAAACACGGACAAGCGUCAUGCUACGGAAACCUAGGAAGUAUGUUUCGAUCUGUCGGAGAGUAUGCCAAGGCUGAAGGAUAUCUUCAUAAAGCACUUAACAUCAACACAGAAAUUGGCGACAGAAGGGGAGAAGCGUCAUGCUACGGAAACCUAGGAGCUGUGUUUCAAUCUGUCGGAGAAUAUGCAAAGGCUGAAGAAUAUCUUUAUAAAGCACUUAUCAUCAGCACAAAAAUUGGCGACAGAAAAGAAGAAGCGACAUGCUUCAGAAACCUAGGAGCUGUGUUUCAAUCUGUCGGAGAAUAUGCAAAGGCUGAAGAAUAUCUUUAUAAAGCA